GUUUUGAUUGGACGAAAGAAGUGGCAUUUUUAAAACCAACACAUUUUCCUUCACGUUUUUUGGAGUUUUUCGACUAUUGAUGUGUGUGUUCGUACAUACAUAAAGAUGAGCUAUUCAGAGUUAAAGGGUCUCUACCACCUUCGGGAAACCAUCGGCUCAGGUGGUUUUGCCAAGGUGAAGCUUGCAUAUCAUUCCCUCACUGGUGAAAAAGUGGCCAUUAAAAUCAUGGACAAGAGAUCCCUUGGUGAGGAUCUGCCACGUGUGAAGACCGAGAUUGCGGCCAUGAAGGAACUUUGUCACCAACACAUCUGUAAACUCUACCAGGUGAUUGAGACAACAGACCGGUUCUACAUGAUUCUUGAGUAUUGUCCUGAGGGUGAGCUGUUUGACUAUAUAGUGGCAAAGGAUCGGCUAGGUGAGGAUGAGGCAAGGAUCUUCUUCAGACAGAUUGUGGCGGCUGUUGGUUACAUCCACAACCAAGGAUACGCCCAUCGUGACCUCAAACCGGAAAACCUUCUGCUAGAUGAAGACCAGAAUCUCAAACUGAUUGACUUUGGUCUCUGUGCUAACCCUCAGAAUUGGUUUGGAUACAAAUUUUCGCGAUAUUACGAGUCGGUUCCGCGGUACCGGAAAUCAGAAGAAGUUGCGUCCCUUGACAACAAGAAUGCGGAGGCGCCAGAAUUUGUAAAGUCGUGGUCGAAGACCAACCUACAAAAUUGGCUAGAAACCAAUAGUUGCGCCGCAUGUGUGGAUACGUUUUGUGUGAAGAAGCUUGCCAUGCCCAUCAAGGAAGUUCUUCAAGACACGUACACCCACUUCCAGCACAGCUCCAAGCGACAACAGAUUCUACAAGAGUUCCGGGAAUUCACGGACACGGCUACAUACAAGUUGGUUCAGCACUGCAGCACCCGGUGGCUCUCCCUCCAGACUUGCGUUAAUCGCUAUCUUCAACAAUGGCCAGCGCUUGAAGCUUACUUCACGAUUCACAACGAAUCAGAAAGGCGUGGUAGCUGCGUAGCACGGGUUGUAGAAAACCUUCAGGAUCCGCUUCUACCGCUCACCUUCCACUUCCUAUCGUACAUCCUAAAACCACUGAACGGCUUCAACACAGAUUUCCAGGUUAAUAAAAUAAACACUUAA